AGGACCAGCGCUGGCUUCGACGGCGCGGGCUGCCCGACGGCGUUUGCGGCUUCAGGGGUGGUGCGUUUGGUGCUGGAGAAUUGGAUUCUACUGGAUUACGGAGAUCGUAGGAGAUGCUGCAUGUGUCUUUGGAGAUGAACUCGUGAGUGGCCUAGACCCAUGUGUUCGUUCACCAAUGUCCAGCUUGUUACUUUGGGAUCUUACGUGGUGAAGUGCUUGAAACCAGCUGCAGUGGUUGAAGUCAGGCGCUGACUUCUGAAUUUACAAGGCAGGAUGAAAGACCGGCUAAAUGAGAUGCGUGAACUUGCCAGGUUGCACAACCAAGAGUUUUCUUAUAGUGAGGAUGAUGAAAAUUCACCCCGUGACGUUCUCCUUUAUGAGACUGAUUAUGCCUUGGAAAAUCUUCAUAAGGACAUAGAGAACAUCCGGACUGAAAAUAACCUCCUAAAAGAGGAUGUCAAGCGACUGAAAAAGCAAAACAACCGCUUCCUUACUUCCAUGCGCCGUCUUAGUAGCAUUAAACGAGAUACUAAUGGUAUUGCCAGAGACAUCAAGGCCCGUGGAGAAAGCAUCCACAGGAAACUCCAAAUAAUGAGAGAUUUCUGCGAAGAUGCAAUAACAAAAUAUGGAGUUAUGUCUGUGAUUGCCAGGAUAGCAAAGAACCAUUAUGUUGACCUCAUGCACGCCUUUCAGGAAGCUAUGUUUGAAUACAAUGCAACAGAGAUGAACCAACGGGAGAACUGCAAGAUCCGAAUUCAGCGUCAGCUAGAAAUCAUGGGCAAAGAUGUUUCUAGCAACCAGAUUGAGGAGAUGAUUGAGCAAGGCAGGUGGGAUGUCUUCUCUGAGAAUCUCUUGUCGGAUGUGAAGGGAGCUCGCUCAGCCCUGAAUGAGUUAGAGACACGUCACAAGGAGCUGGUGAAAUUAGAAGGUCGUAUUAAGGAGGUUCAUGAGCUCUUUCUGCAGGUAGCCCUGCUAGUGGAAGAACAGGCAGACACCUUUGAUGUCAUUGAGAUAAAUGUGCAAAAUGUCGAGGACUAUGUAGGAGAAUCCAAGGAGCAAAUAAAGAAAGCAUUGGAAUACAGAAGAAAACACCCUCUCAUGACAAUCCUCUGCUGCUGCUUUUCAUUUUGCAGAAGGUGACUACCCUACUGAAGCCAACAUGGACCGACUGGAAUGUUUUCAAAAUCAUAUUAUUUUAUAUAAAGAUAUUAUUUUCAAUGAUUUUUCCUUAAUGACAACCCCUACAAGUGUGGGAGCUGUUGCGCAGUUUUUGUUUGGUAAAUGUUCCUAAAUGUGCUGAAAAAUCAUUCUAUUUAUGGCCUAAUAGAAGUGUUGAUAAAACUAUUUUCAACUACUCUCUUUCUGUAACUGAAGGUGCAAGUACUCAGAAAAUCUCUGUGCAAUGAUACUUGUUCCAGUCAAGAAAGAGGAAUGAAGGAUAGGCUAAGAGCCUAGGGAAAACAACAAAUUUCAGAAAGUUCUUUUGUUGUUUAAGAGUCAAAGCGGUCUGCAGGCAGCGCAUGCUUAAUGCCUGCGGUGACAGAAUACACCACAAAUCAGGAGGUUGGAAUUCUAACUAGUUUGGAGCCUGCUUGAUGCAAAUACUUGAAGAGAUUUUUUGCUCUGCUUGUGCGACAAAAUACCGAGCCUGUUACCAAGAGCAGGAUGCAAAACUAGUUUCUGUUUCAACUUUAUUUCCAUCUGUUACUGGUUUUAACAGAAGUAAGCUGUACCUUAAAGCAUAAUAGGCAUGUUUUGCUGUUUGUGUUCAGGUGAUUGUUUUUCUCCAUUUCAGUACCCACAACUGCAAUAUGGAGGCAUCGCACCGACUCUUUUAAAUUGAAAUACUGAAAAUGUUGAUUUAAAAACUGCCAUGCUUUUAGGUUUCAAAUACAUGAUUCUGCCAGCUGACAUAUUAGACUGCAAAAGAGAUGUGUGCAGUGGCCCUCUGUAGAAGCAUGCAUAAGAAGACAACAGCUGGGAGGCAAAGAAAGCAUUUUAGUCUCCCGUGCUGGCACAUACACACAAGAGUCUUAGUGGAAGGAUUACCCUGUCAACACACUUUCAAUGAGCAUUGAUUUUAAUUUGGAAAUUUUAUAUAUAUUUUUAAUAGCAUGAAGAUUUACAUUUAUUGACAUUCAGUUUUACUGGUUUACAAAAGUUAAGGCUUUUCUCUCAUCAUUAGAAAAUCUCCUCUGGGGAAAGAAAAAUUCAGAUGUAUUCUUCAGUGCACGUGAAGAAUAAACAUUUUUAUGUCAUUUCAGUACCCUUUUCAAGCUUAAAAAUAAUCUUUCCUUUUGUGUAAGAGGAGUCUGCCCAUAGUAGGUUUUGACAGAUGAGGAGGGAAUAGAACACUGCAGCCCUGGAAACCACUGAGCAUUGUCAGUGAAAGAUAUAUUCAUAAGGUCUGGGGAGUGAUUAUAGCUCCUACUACUGGAAGUUUUCCAACUCUGAUAUUUUCUAGGUGGCUUCCUGUUACACUGUGAUUUAUUGGUAUCCUUUGAAUUAAUGCAGGACAUUUUUUCAGAAGUUAGUGCCUUUUUUUAAAAAUUCUUGUCAUAUUUAUAGCUAUUUUAACAAAUAUAUUUAAACAUUUCAAGUUUUUUGUAUUUAGAUUUUUUGCCUAAAUGUGCAUAGCCAUCUUCCCUUGCCAAUCACAAUGAAUUUUUUUUCCUUCUGAACUUUUGCACACUAAUUUUAUAUGUUUUUAAAAAAAUACCCGAACAUUUCGUACUAUUUAUAUUGAUAUAUAACAAAACAACGAAAGAAAUUCAGCUUCCAAGCUUUUAUAUCCUUGUGGGAAAUGCUCCUUUGCCAGAUAGACUUUUUACACAAAUAGAAGCUAAAUAGAUAACAAUUUUCUGGAACGGGAAAUCUCUUCAGCUAAAGCACCUGUCUGUGGUAACAUGGAAGCAUGAAGAGCACUGGUCUUCUAAACUAGAAGAUAUUUUGAUAUUCAGGGAUGUCUUGACGAUAUCAGUAUUACAUUUGCCUGAGACUCUCUCAAACAACCCAAUAUUCAAACUUGAAGUGGGAGAAGCAAGAGCGGAGGUUGAGCUGGCACCGUUAAUUUACUGCUUUGGUGCUACUCAAGAAGACAAAAGUCAUUUGCUCCAUAGGUAUUGACAUUCAAGUCAGUGGAACUGUGUUUGUAGAGAAAUAUCCUAAAGAGCCAACAGUCAGAAUAUGGAUGUAAAUCAGUGGGAAUUAAAAUACGUAUUUCAUUUUAUCCACGUAUUCUUAGCACUUAACAAUGCUUUUGAUAAAAAUAUGUACCUGCUUUUGAUUUAAAAAAAAUAAAAAGUACCUAUGGUUUC